UUAUCUUCAACCUCCCUCACCUCUCCUCAAACACUCUCCUCCAACAAGGUAUUCAAUUGCCGAGUGAACACAGAGUGCUUUAAGAUCAUCUAACCAUGGCUGAGACCAAACCUGAAAUAGAGAUGUCAGAGGAGGAGAAGAAGAUAGCCAAGAUGUCUUCGCUGAAGAAGAAAGCAAUAAACGCAUCAAACAGAUUCAAGAACUCAUUCUCAAAAAAGGGUCGAAAAAGCAGCAGCAAGGUCAUGUGUGUAACCAUUGAAGACGACAUAGACGCAGAAGACCUUCAAUCUCUUGAUGCUUUUCGUCAAGCUCUUGUCCUUGACGAGCUCUUGCCAUCUAAUCUCGAUGAUCUACAUAUGAUGCUUCGAUUCCUGAGGGCAAGAAAGUUCGACAUUGAGAAGGCUAAGCAAAUGUGGAGUGACAUGAUUCAAUGGAGGAAAGAUUUCGGCGCUGAUGCAAUCAUCGAGGAAUUUGAGUUUGAAGAGAUUGAUGAAGUCAUGAAGCAUUACCCUCAAGGCUAUCAUGGAGUAGACAAGGAAGGAAGACCAGUUUACAUUGAGAGAUUAGGUCAAAUCGAUGCUAACAAGCUGCUUCAAGUAACAACAAUGGACCGGUACGUGAAAUAUCAUGUCAGAGAGUUCGAGAAGACUUUCAAGAUCAAGUUCCCUGCUUGUUCUGUCGCUGCCAAAAAACACAUUGAUCAGAGCACUACUAUUCUUGACGUCCAAGGCGUGGGGCUUAAGAACUUUAGCAAAUCUGCAAGAGAGCUUCUUCAAAGGCUUCUCAAGAUUGACAAUGACAAUUAUCCUGAGAUGGCUAUAAACCGCGAAUCCAAGUGCGCACCAAUUUCAGAAGAUGAACUUAAGCAUGUUGACCAAGGACGAUCAACUUCAUUUCAAAAAAAUCUUGAUAGAAACAGUAAGAAAAUGGAUGAAGACAAUGUGCAUGAGAAGCAAGUUGCAACCAUUGACAAGUCCAUGAUGGAAUGGCCUACAAAACCUCAGAAAAUUGAAAAUUUUCCUGUCUCUAAAGGGGUAGAGUGCUACGUGAUGAAGGGGGCACCGAAGAAAGGGGAUGGGUUACUUGUGGGAGGGGUCAUGGCCUUUGUGAUGGGAAUUGUUGCAAUGGUUAGGCUAUCUAAAGACGUUCCAAGGAAACUCACAGAGGCUGCUUUAUAUGGAAAUUCAGUUUGUUAUGAUGAGGCUAUGUCUAAGCAUAACCAAGCUCAUUUUGCAGCACCCGUCUCGAGCUCUGAGUAUAUUUUGAUGGUGAAACGUAUGGCUGAGCUGGAAGAAAAGUGCAUGUUCCUUGACAUGAAACCGGCUAAUAUUGAAUCUGAAAAAGAGGAGAAACUUCAAGCGGCUCUUAACCGUGUUCAAGUACUUGAAGAAGAGUUGACUGAAACCAAGAAGGCUUUGGAAGAAGCUCUUGUAGGCCAGAAGGAGAUUUUGGCAUACAUUGAAAAAAAGAAAAAGAAGAAGAAGCUGUUUUUCGGGUUCUGA